AUGGGAGUUCCAGCAUUUUUUCGUUGGUUAACAAGAAAAUAUCCAGCAAUUCUUGUUAAUUGUAUUGAAGAUAAUCCUUCAACAGAUGCUCAAGGUGUUUAUCAUCCAUUAGAUGAAACAAAAUCAAAUCCAAACGGAGUUGAAUUUGAUAAUCUAUAUUUAGAUAUGAAUGGAAUUAUUCAUCCAUGUACACAUCCAGAAGAUCGUCCACCACCAAAAAAUGAAGAUGAAAUGAUGAUAUUAAUUUUUGAAUGUAUUGAUCGUUUAUUUUCUAUUGUUCGUCCACGUAAAUUACUUUAUAUGGCUAUUGAUGGUGUUGCACCACGUGCCAAAAUGAAUCAACAACGUUCAAGACGUUUUCGAGCAUCAAAAGAAUCAGUUGAUAAAGCUGAAUCAAUGGAAAAAAUUAUGAAUGAUAUACGUAAUAAUGGUGGUCUUUUACCUGAAGAUAAAAAUUCUGAAGAGAAAAGUGAACAUUUUGAUUCAAAUUGUAUAACACCAGGUACACCAUUUAUGUCAAAAUUAGCUGAAUGUCUUCGUUAUUAUAUAAGACAUCGUAUGAAUACAAAUCCAGCAUGGCGUUCUAUAAAAAUUAUUUUAUCUGAUGCAAAUGUUCCUGGUGAAGGUGAACAUAAAAUAAUGGAUUAUAUACGACGACAACGUGCACAACCCAAUCAUGAUCCAAAUACACACCAUGUUUUAUGUGGUGCUGAUGCUGAUUUAAUUAUGCUUGGAUUAGCAACACAUGAACCCUAUUUUACAAUUAUACGUGAAGAAUUUAAACCAAAUAAACCACGUCCAUGUGAGAUAUGUGGACAAAUAGGACAUCAAACUAAAGAAUGUCAAGGUAUUCCAAAAGAAAAAUUUGGUAAAAAUGAUGAAUUAGCAGCUGUACAUGCUGUCGAAACACGUUAUAUAUUUUUACGAUUAUCUGUAUUACGUGAAUAUCUUUAUCGAGAUUUAGAAAUACAUCAACAUUUAUCAUUUCAAUGGGAUCUUGAACGUGCUAUUGAUGAUUGGGUAUUUAUGUGUUUUUUUGUUGGAAAUGAUUUUUUACCACAUUUACCAUCACUUGAAAUACGUGAAAAUGCUAUUGAUCGUCUUAUAACUAUUUAUAAAAAUAAUGUACCAAAAUUUCAAGGUUAUUUAACUGAAAAUGGUAUACCAGUUAUGGAACGUGUUGGAACAAUUCUAAUAAGUAUUGGAAGAUUAGAAGAUGAAAUAUUUAUGAAAAGACAUGAAUUUGAUGAACAACAGAAACAACGUGAUCGUAAUCGUUCAAAUAAUUAUCAACCACCUAAUAAACGAUAUAGAUCUUCAACAGAUCCAUCAGGGCCUGUGCAUUUACCUGUCUGGGCAGCCGCUCCUCAACUAGAACCACAACCAAUUGGUCAAAAACCUCAAUCGAAUAUUAACAAUCCAGCUCAAGCUAAUGCACAAUUACGUCAAAUGCAACGUACUGAUCUUUCAUCAACGGAUUCUUCGGAUAAUCGAUCGAGAAAACGUACUUUUGAUGAAGUAGAACAAGAAACAACAGAUCGUCCGUCAUUUAAUCAACAAGAUUCCGUUCAAGAUGAAGAACAAGCGAAUGAUCCAAAAGAUACUGUACGACUUUGGGAAGAAGGAUGGCGUGAAAGAUAUUAUAAAAAUAAAUUUAAUGUUGAUAAGAACAAUAUCGAUGAAUUUCGUGUACAAGUUGCACAACAUUAUGCUCGAGGUCUAUGUUGGGUUCUUCAAUACUAUUAUCAAGGUGUACCAGCUUGGGAUUGGUAUUUUCCUUAUCAUUAUGCACCAUUUGCAUCUGAUUUUCUUCAACUUAAGGAUUUAUCGGUAUUUUUUGAUAAGAAAACAAAACCAUUUAAACCAUUAGAACAACUUAUGUCUGUUUUUCCAAGUCAAUCUCGAAAAUUUCUACCUAGUGAAUGGCAACCUUUAAUGACACAAAAAGAAUCUCCAAUAAUUGAUUUUUAUCCAUUAAAUUUUUGUAUUGAUCUUAAUGGUAAACAUUUUGAAUGGCAAGGUGUUGCUUUAUUACCAUUUGUUGAUGAAAAACGUUUACAUCGUACACUUGAACAUGUUUAUUCAACAUUAACAAUUGAAGAACAACAACGUAAUAAACGUGAUUAUGAUCGUUUAUAUAUUCAUUCAAGUGAUUUAUGUUAUGAUUACAUGAAAGAAUUAUAUGUUCAAGGUGGCAAUGAAGUUACAAGAAAAAAUCCACUCGAUAUGCCAACAAUGUUAAGUGGAGGUAUGGCUGGAUCUAUAUGGCCUGAUGAUGAUGAUAAAAUUAAAUCUGUUGGAGAACAAAUAAAAGCACCAUUACAAAAUUGUGAAGAAAUAAUUAAUAAUCAAGUUAUAUCUGUUAAAUAUAGAGAUUUAUUAUUUGAUGAUGAUUAUAUAUUUAAAUCGAAAUUAUUAGAAAAUGUUACACUACCAGAAUUAACAAUAAAACCACGUGAUUAUGAUCAAAUGCAACCUUAUCGACCAAAUUUAGGUUUUGCUCAGCGACCUCAAUAUCAACGUGAUUUUGCACCAGCUCAACGUUUUAUUCGUCAUUCAAUGGGUUCACAACAACAGCAACAUUAUGAACCAGGUGGUUUUAUUCCUCCACGUCAGUCAGGUGGAUAUUAUAAUGAACGACAAUCAAAUGAUAAUUUCCGUCCUCGACAACCCUAUGAUAAUUAUCGUCCUCGACAAUCUUAUGAUAAUUAUCGUCCACGAAAUCCAAAUGAUAAUUAUCGACCACGUUAUCAAAAUGAUGGUUUUCGUCCACGACAACCAGGUGGUUAUUAUCCACCACGUCAUCAAAAUCAAUAUAAUUCAUACAGACCGAAUUAG